UCGACUUGUUCAGAUGAUUGUACUAUUGCAUUAUGGAAUAGGAAUCUCAGGAAUCUGUCAUCUAAAUUACGGACAUUGAGGGGACACUCUUAUUGGGUUAAGAAUGUUGAAUAUGAUACACGAACUCGAACCUUACUUAGCUCUGGAUAUGAUGGUUGUAUCUACAUUUGGGAUAUCAACAAAUAUGAUGCAACAUCAUUUGAUCAUCCAAACGGGAAUCCAAUUCAUUUUACAAAGCCUCUAUUUCUUUCCUGCCUAAUGAGAAUGAGAUUAACCCAUGAUAGCUCAAAAAUGAUAAUCUGUACCUCAGAGGGAUACAUUAUGAUUAUUCAUGAUUUAAGAUUAGAAAAAUUGGAAAAAGAUUUAGCUGGUUUCCAAUCUGAUCUCUAUCGGCUCAUGCAAAAGCGACAUUCAUGUGGAUUUGACUUUGGCUCCUGGUUUAAUCCACUUUUUACUACUCGACGUAACAGAAUUGAGUUGAUUUCAGAUUUUCCGCCCAAGAAUGAAUCGCAUUCUAUUUUUUCACUUGAUGUCCACCCACAUAACUGGUCAAUCAUAUCUCGUAAUAUAAGUAGGGAUGAAAACUCUGAAUGGACUUGUGUCCAUGACAUUCAAGGUGAUAAAUGGCCUUAUCAAACUGUUCCUAUCGAUGUACCUAAACAAGGUAUAUUUGUUAGCCAUCCAAGUACUCGAGUCACAAUCAUGUCCACCAAUUUAUCUUCAGACGUGACAGAAUCCGGAUCCAGUGGUACAAGAAACAUUGCUCAAGCAUUAAAUAGUCGCCUCUCCAAUCAGUCAUCAACAUUAUCGUCAACCCAAGACUCAAGUUCUGCAUCAACAGCAGCGUCUUCCUCUUCAACAGCACCAAUAACUCUCACAACAACAACAACAACAACAACAACUUCUACAUCAUCAUCUUCUUCCAACUCGGUACCCGAUCUUCACGUUAGUCCUGUGGUGAUAAUCAGUGCAAGAACAUUAAACCGUCGAGCUCAUGCAACCAUAUUAGCACCAAAUGCUAGUUACCGACAAAUAGAACCCGGUACUCAAGAUCCACCCAGAAUCUAUCGUAAUCUUGAUAGAUUAACCCAUUACUGUGAAGAACUGAAUGUUGGACCAGGUUUCAUAAAGGAAUUGUGCUUCUCACCCGAUGGACGAAUAAUCUGUUCCCCAUACGAAUGUGGAAUCCGUUUUCUCUCAUUUAAUUCCAAUUGUAGUGAAAUGUCAUCGGCGAAUAAACCUCAGCCAUUACACGAGCUUAAGACUAUCUCACAUCACUCAAAUCUCGUGGUGACGAUAAGUGUUUAG